AUGUCACAGUUGAUAGUUCAGAGAAAAAGACAGAAAAAAAGUAAAGUGGUAUCCGUCAAAUGUUUUAUUUUAGAUAAUGUUGAAAAAACUCUUGAAGUUGGAAAUAAGAAAGAUGAUAUUUCACGUCCUCAAGAAAGUGAAAAUGCUGUCACACCAGAACCACAAGGACGUCAAGAGCAGGUUCAACUUCAAGUUGUCUCGCAUUUAGCAGCAGAUUUUCUGAAUUAUAAGUGGGUAGAUAUAACAAGAGAAGGUCUGUGUUUACAGUUAACACAGCUCUACUGCCGAGAAGACGCAGACACUUUGUUGACAUUAUGUGAACAAGAACUUGUUUAUAACGAGGGCGAUUUAGCCACGGUCAAAUUGUUUGGAAAGCGAAUACAGAUUCCCAGAAAGCAGGUGGCACACGGCAACACAGGUCUAACUUACACAUUCUCUGGCAACACGAUUCCUGCACGACCAUGGACUCCACUUUUGAUGAAAAUACGGGACCAUAUUUCUGCAGCCACUGGCUACCAGUUUAAUUUUGUCUUGAUUAACAGGUAUAAGGAUGGUCAUGAUUACAUGGGAGAGCACAAGGAUGAUGAGAAAGAUCUGUUUCCAGGCUUCCCCAUUGCUUCCCUAAGUUUGGGUCAGCCAAGAGACUUUGUAUUCAGACAUCAGGACAGUAGGGGGAAAGACUGUAAGCGUAAGAUAGCUCCUGUGUCACUCACACUGGAGCACGGUGUGUUAUUGUUGAUGAAACACCCCACAAACUCAUUUUGGUAUCAUUCCCUGCCUCGUCGAACUAGAGCUCUUGGUGUCAGAGUUAACCUGACUUUUCGCAAGAUGCAGCCAUCUCAUAGCAAACAUGCAUAA